AUGGAUCCUGCUUUGGUAUUAUCAUACUCUCUUCAUUCUUUAAUGAAGGAAGCAAUUCCCUUUAAUGCACAGUCCCUUGGUUUUGGGAAAGAUUUAACAGAAUGUUACUGUGUCAAUGGUGCAAUCAACGGACUUUCUUGCGUUUCAAGUAUUGUUUAUCACAUGAAAUAUAAGGUAUUCAAUGUACGGCUUUGGAACCCGGCUACAAGGUUAAUAUCUGCAGCGUCACCACCUUUAUUUGUAAAGAGAGAAUGUGCAAGUAUUGUUAAGUUUGGAUUAGGCUACGACGAUUCAACCAACACUUACAAGGUGGUAGCUAACAUAAUAGAUCCUCGACAAUGGAAAAAUGAGUUGAGAAUUUACAGCAGAGCGGGUGACACAUGCUGGAGAACUGUUUCAACUUCCCCGGAUCUUCUCCUUUCUUGGGAAGAAGGACAAUUUGUGAGCAACACUUUUAAUUGGUUAGCGGUUUGUCCACGUGGACCAAUUGAUCGUCAGAGAAUUGAGCUAUUUGAAUACACUUAUGAUGACUACGUAAUCUUUUCACUUCAUGUGGGGAAAGAAACGCACAAGCUUUUGCGAAUGCCUGUUGAUCUUGACCGCUCCAAACGUCAAGAACCAAAGCUCGUAGUGUUGAGGGAUCACCUCUGUGUUUUUCAUGAUUUCAAAGGGACUCAUGUUGUUGUGUCGCAGCUUGAGGAAUUUGGAGUUGAAGAUUCGUGGACUAUAAUAAUGAAAUUCAGUUAUAUUUCUCUUCAAAUCGACGCAUGUAGCUGUUCAUUCGGGGAUUAUUCACAGUUUAACAUGUCCGAAGAUGGUAAUUAUUUGUUGAUCUAUAACGAACGUGAUAGCAUAUUACUUGUGUAUGAUCAAAGAGUCAAGGAAGUAAGCAAGUGCAUAAACCUUUGCAAUAAUAAUCAUCGUUGGGUGGGUGUCAAUGGUUACGUUCAAAGCUUGGUUUCGCCUCAAUGA